AAAGGAUGCAAACAGUCUACGGAUGCUAGAGAAAAAGGGGUGGGGGAGAGAUUACCUCAUCCCACGUCGUUUGCACCAAUCACCAGUCUCCUGUCAUGGCUUCUCUGGGCAGAUUGGGGGUCUGGACCAACAGGAAAAGGCCCCGGCCCAUCCCCAUGGUGACCGAGUUGUAUAUAUGGAGCCACAUCCGCCCAUGUGCCGCAGGUUCUCUUACAUCGACCGCCUAAGAGUCGCGCUGUAAGAAGCAACAACCUUCUCCUCGUCUCCGCCAUCUGCUCGGCAGUCGCGAAGCAGCAACCAUGCGUGAGUGCAUCUCCAUCCAUGUUGGCCAGGCUGGUGUCCAGAUUGGCAAUGCCUGCUGGGAGCUCUACUGCCUGGAACACGGCAUCCAGCCCGAUGGUCAGAUGCCGAGUGACAAGACCAUUGGGGGAGGAGAUGACUCCUUCAACACCUUCUUCAGUGAGACGGGCGCUGGCAAGCAUGUGCCCCGGGCCGUGUUUGUAGACUUGGAACCCACGGUCAUUGAUGAAGUUCGCACUGGCACCUACCGCCAGCUCUUCCACCCUGAGCAACUCAUCACAGGCAAGGAAGAUGCUGCCAAUAACUAUGCCCGAGGGCACUACACCAUUGGCAAGGAGAUCAUUGACCUCGUGUUGGACCGAAUUCGCAAGCUGGCUGACCAGUGCACAGGUCUCCAAGGCUUCUUGGUUUUCCACAGCUUUGGUGGGGGAACUGGUUCUGGGUUCACCUCCCUGCUCAUGGAACGUCUCUCAGUUGAUUAUGGCAAGAAGUCCAAGCUGGAGUUCUCCAUUUACCCAGCGCCCCAGGUUUCCACAGCUGUAGUUGAGCCCUACAACUCCAUCCUCACCACCCACACCACCCUGGAGCACUCUGAUUGUGCCUUCAUGGUAGACAAUGAGGCCAUCUAUGACAUCUGUCGUAGAAACCUUGAUAUUGAGCGUCCAACCUAUACUAACCUGAAUAGGUUAAUAGGUCAAAUUGUGUCCUCCAUCACUGCUUCCCUGAGAUUUGAUGGAGCCCUGAAUGUUGACCUGACAGAAUUCCAGACCAACCUGGUGCCCUACCCCCGCAUCCACUUCCCUCUGGCCACAUACGCCCCUGUCAUCUCUGCUGAGAAAGCCUAUCAUGAACAGCUUUCUGUAGCAGAGAUCACCAAUGCUUGCUUUGAGCCAGCCAACCAGAUGGUGAAAUGUGACCCUCGCCAUGGUAAAUACAUGGCUUGCUGCCUGUUGUACCGUGGUGAUGUGGUUCCCAAAGAUGUCAAUGCUGCCAUUGCCACCAUCAAGACCAAGCGUACCAUCCAGUUUGUGGAUUGGUGCCCCACUGGCUUCAAGGUUGGCAUCAACUACCAGCCUCCCACUGUGGUGCCUGGUGGAGACCUGGCCAAGGUUCAGAGAGCUGUGUGCAUGCUGAGCAACACCACAGCCAUUGCUGAGGCCUGGGCUCGCCUGGACCACAAGUUUGACCUGAUGUAUGCCAAGCGUGCCUUUGUUCACUGGUAUGUAGGUGAGGGGAUGGAGGAAGGCGAGUUUUCUGAGGCCCGUGAAGACAUGGCUGCCCUUGAGAAGGAUUAUGAGGAGGUUGGUGUGGAUUCUGUUGAAGGAGAGGGUGAGGAGGAAGGAGAGGAAUACUAAAGUUAAAAUGUCACAAAGGUGCUGCUUUUACAGGGAAGCUUAUUCUGUUUUAAAAGUUGAAAAGUUGUGGUCUGAUCAGUUAAUUUGUAUGUAGCAGUGUAUGCUCUUAUAUACAAUUACUGACCUAUGCUCUAAAACAUGAAUGCUUUGUUACAGACCCAAGCUGUCCAUUUCUGUGAUGGGUUUUGAAUAAAGUAUUCCCUGUCUUAA